AUGGGCACGGCCGUGUAUCAUUCUGCUAUAAGAAUCAUAAAUGCCACUGGCAAGAGCAUCUAUACAGGCAAUGUAGUGCUUACGUGGGGCAAAUUCUUUGAUGGGAUCGACAAACGAACCGAGAUCCCCCCUCAUGACCUUGAGGGCAAAGAAAUUCAGGACAAGGAUUUUUGGGUUUAUGUUUGCCGUCGUCCUGAUAUAGCAGAUGGUGAAGAAGGUAGCAUUGAUCUUGUGGACGGAGAUGGCAAACGCAUCGCUACUCUUACUUGGGACGCACCUUGGCAGGACACGCGGCCAAAUUCGUUCGAUGUGAUCAACAAAGCAUCCGGAUAUUCUGUCGUUGCUGACGGGUGGUUAAGAGAAGGGUGGGAGUUUGGUACUGCAAGGGUUCAAGUGACUAGUGUUGAAGAAUAG